AUGGCGUCACAGGACGGCCUCCGCAGGGGCCGUGGAGGCACAUGCCUGAGCCUCCACCUCCUGAUCUGGCUUCAGCUCCUUCAAUCCCUGCUCAGUGAGCCAUACCGACCCGAGGAGGAUUCCAGAAUGACCCCGGCAAGCCCAGAAGCCCGGACGCCGCCUGUGCACCUGAAAUUCCCCCAAAUUCCAGAAACCUCUGUAGCUCCAGGGUCUCCAGCGCCCGCAGGGCCUCCAGGAUCCUGGGUUACUUCAGCAUCUACAGUGGGAGAAGCCUUGGAAUCCGACGGGAUCUCCGAUCUUGGAAGGCAGUUUUCUCCGGCCUGGUGGGGGUGGUGGGAAGGUAGUGGCUUCACUUCCAGUCCCCUCUCUUUACUGAGCCCACCAGCCUGUGGCCACCGUGUUUCAAGGAUAAUUGGAGGAUUGCCGGCCCCAAACAGGAAGUGGCCCUGGCAGGUGAGCCUGCAGACCAGCAACAGACACCACUGCGGAGGCUCCCUCAUCGACAGGCGCUGGGUGCUCACUGCUGCCCACUGUGUCUUUAGCCAUUUGGAAUACAAGGUGAAGCUGGGAGACACUGACUUGCAUGCUGGUUCCAAAGAGGCACUGGUGAUCCCUGUUCGAGACAUCAUUUUUCCUAGCAAUUUUGAUUUUGCCACUUUGACAAACGACAUUGCCCUUGCUCUGCUCGCUUACUCUGUGAAUUAUUCCUCACACAUCCAGCCUGUGUGCCUCCCUGAAAAGCUUUUUGAAGUGGAAGCUGGGACAGAGUGCUGGGUGACUGGAUGGGGCCGAGUGUCAGAGAGUGGACCAGUGCCAUUUGUUCUUCAGGAGACUGAGCUAAACAUUAUGCAUCAUGAGAAAUGUCGUGAGAUGCUCAAGAACAAGAGUAUAUCCAAGAGUAGAAUGGUCAUGAGGGGGACCAUCUGUGGCUAUCAUGACCAAGGGAAGGAUGCCUGUCAGGGAGAUUCUGGGGGGCCCCUGGUCUGUGAAUUAAAUGGCACAUGGGUCCAGGUGGGGAUUGUGAGCUGGGGCGUUGGCUGUGGUCGCAAAGGAUACCCUGGAGUUUACACAGAAGUUAGUUUCUACAAGAAAUGGAUUAUUGAUCACCUGAGACAAGCUUCCUGUUUGAAUUCAACAGACUUCUUCAUCCUGGUCCUGUGUCUGGUGAUGCCCCUGGGCAUCCUGGUGACCCCGUGAUCAGACCCCAUUCCACUCUUCUGCUAUUUCUGAGUCUCACACUUAGGUGUCUCCUCUGACCAACCUCCCACCGCUUCUCAAUGCCUUUUCCGCAAAUCCCAGUUGGAAUCCACGGGCCCUCUGGAGAUCCGUACAAUAGAGCAUGGCAGGGAGACUGGGGCCUGGAAAGUGCCCCUGCCUGGUGCUCUGGUCACCUGCCUCAGCCAUGCCUGCACCAGGGCUGUGCUCUGGCUGGUGGGAAGGAGGGAGUGAACCGAUUCCAGCUAGAGGGCCAGCUGCCCUGCCAGCUGGGCCACGGUGACUCAUCAAUAUCUGGAGGAACAUCUAUCAAAGAAGAGACAUCAUCAAUGGUGAAGCAAGCGUUAGCUGGUUCUGGUUUCAGGGCUCCCACCUGAGACCUUGUGAGAGCAGCCAGCUGGGUGAUUGCUCAGAGAGAGUGAAGGAGGUGUUACCAGGUCCUUGCAGAGGUGUGAGGCCUGGGACUUCCACUCCGGCUCAGUUGUCUGGGGCUGGAAGAAGUUCCCCUGCAGCCCAGUGUGGGUCCAUUUGUGAGUGGACAGCCUCUGCCACACUAGUUCUUUUGGAGCAACCCAUUCUUGGCACCCCCUUCCUCAGUGCCCUAAUGGCUACUUUCAGGGACACCACAAGUUGUAUUGAGGCAGUUAUGGAGUGUGGAGUUUUCAUAAAUCAACUGAAUAAAUGUUUGGAGA